AUGACCUCUCCAGAAGAAACCUCUGCUGGCCGCGGGCGUCGGCGCUCCUACCAUGCUUGCUUGACUUGUCGACGAAAAAAGACCCGCUGUCCCGGAGAGAAACCCGCCUGUUCCAGUUGUGUCCGUCUAAAGCAAUCGUGCGCCUACCCGCCCGCGGUGCGGACAACAAGAACUGGUCGAUCAGAGGAGAGACUUGCACACCUAGAAGAGAAACUUGAUCGUCUUUUGAGUAGCAGACCAGACCAACCGCCGCUCCAAGAACAUCCCAACGAAGAGGCGAUUGCCGACGCGUCAGAAAAAUCAAUCUCUGUGAGUCCUCCGGCACAGGACUUAAUAUUCAAGCCCAUCAAUACACAAACUACGCCACCUGCUCAGCCAACGAUUGAUGUGGUUGCCAACGCUGGUCCUGGGCCGGCUGAUGUGGGCUUGGGCAUCCGAUUAUACUUCGAAUACUGUCACAGACAGCCUAUUUGGUGUUUUGAGUACGAAGACGUCGGUGACUAUAGUCAGCUCUCGGAAGAGCUGGCAUGUAGCAUUUUGGCAUUGACAGCCCGCUUCUCCCCCAUGCGCGAACGUCUUCAGAAAUACAACAGCAAUGCAAAGCGACUGGUAAUGCUUCGUAUCGCAAACAGCACAGUGGAGGUUUCAACGAUGGAAAGUCUCUGCCUGCUUGCUUAUUCUUCUUUUAUUGAUGGCAACGUCAGCCUAGGCCAAUUCCACCUUGGUCUUGCUUUUCAGCUCUGUCGGUCGGCGUCGCUCGAUAUGGAGACGAGCUACUCUGAUAAAGACCCAAACACGCAAAGAAAACGCAAACUGUUCUGGAGCCUGCAAGUUUUGGAACAAUACUACGGAAAGCAGACAGGCCUCCUCAGUCUCCCAACCGAGAUACUACGACCGUCGUAUGCGUCUUCAGUCUCUCGAGAUAUCUCUCGAUUAGAAACGGAAAGCAAACCCCCCCCUCUUCCGAGAGAUGAUCUAGGUCACUCCAGACCUACACCGGAUGAGCCAGGUGUGUGGAACACAAGCGUCCAUCUGGGCUGGGUGUGGAGUCGGGUACGCAAAUACGUUUCCGACUGCGCUCAGAAUAUCUUCAAUGAACCAUGGCGUCGAGACUCGAUGUAUGGCUCUGUUCUAUCCGAUUUCAUGGAUGCAGAGAACAGAAUUCCAAUGUGUCACCGAUAUGACACAGUGAAAUUCUAUGAGAGAAAGGUCGAUGAGCUCAAAGUCAACCGUGGAUACUGGACGACGUGGCUUAAAGAACAGUUCACAUACCAUGCCAUCCAUACCAUCCUCAACCAUCCUUUUUUAUACAUAAUCGGGGCGCAGCAUAAUUAUAAUCUCGCCAUUCCAAACACAUUUUGGCGGCGGUCUUCGGAGCUUGCCCUCAUACACUCUACUUGGAUCGUGCGCCUGAUCGACAUGGUGGUGGACAAACAAGUGCAGCUCAUCGAUCCAUUCUUUGGCCACAUUGCAGCAAUCGCCGCCACUGUCCAUUUGUACUACUGCUGCGCCGCCGCCGCGAAACUCAAGCACAAGUCCAACACGGAUUUUGCAAAAUGCAGGCGAUUUCUAAAAUGCUUUAUUCCAUUUUCUCCUGCUUGUGCAGCUUUGGAAAAGAACUUGGACAAAAUGGCGAGGAUCGCCGCGGGCUCAGAUUCCGUCGAUGUGGAAGACUGGAUGCCAUCGAGAAUCUACCUGAGUGUUCCACUCAUGUGGGACAUUCUACAGUUUACAUGCGUCUCCGGUUCCCCAGGCAUAUUCACCAAUGAUCUAGCUCAUGCGCCUCACCACCGAGACACGCUGGAGGAAAGCUCCGUGCUGGAAAUCGUGGUGGCGACAUCGCCAGAGAUCAACAUCAACACGGCAGACGGCGGCCAAGAAGCACCAACCGUGUCCUACAAGGCGUCCGUGUCACCGAGCGGCAACCCGGCUCAUCCUCUACUCAACACUGAGCCCGUGCCGUUGGCUGAUAACUUGACAAUGAAUACUACGCCUUGGCUAUACGAAGACUCCUCUCAGUUUACUGGCCUGGGUGACAUUGACCUGUUGGAUGCACAGUCGGAAGCGGGCGACGAAAACGGAAUGAUAUGGUGGGAGGGCGAGGUGAAUAAUUCCCUUUUCAGCCACUUUUAG